AUGACACUGGUGCAAAAGCUUUAAAUUUCUGGCAUUGUUAUUGGGGAAAACGGUUGCAUCUAGACGCACGGUAACAAGCUCUGCUAAUGCUAGAUUCUUCGCUAAUAUAUAAUUCAUACGAUAGUGGGAAUUCAUGAAUAAUUCAUUAGGCAAGAUGGCUUUCACAAACCAGACUGUGCUGUAGUCUGCAGUCGUCAAAUUGGAAUAUCUUCAGCAAUCCACCAACGAGUAAAUUUCUUGGAUAAACGUUGGACAAAAGAAGACACUUCUUUAUUGAAAUUUUGUCUUCCAUUUUCUAUUCGGCAUAGAAAAGGACUCGUAUGGCUGUGAUGCAACGUACAGCAUACUAAUUUUCCAUAUGUGUCUUUUCAUUUAGCAAUAUUCACAUCAGGAUUUUCAAAACUCUAGGAUGUUUUCCAUAUUUUUGCUCUCCAGUUGUGCGAACUAGAGUGAAAUCUUACAUUUUGACCAGUUAACAUUCUGUAUUGAUCAAUCGCGUAUCCUAAUAAGCUGGUAUUAGCCAUGGAUAUACUGAAAGUCUGUCGCCCUGUAUCGUAUGAUCAGAUUUGUGAACCGAACAUCAAGAUUUAUCAGUUGAGACUGACCCAUGACAUAAGUAUUGACAAUUUUGAAUUCAUCUCGGACGAUGAUUGCUUCGAAUUUGAAAAAGACUUUAAUAUCGACCAUGACAACUCAAAUUCUGAGGACGUGGCGUGCAAUGAAUGUGAUAAAAACAAGGUGACACAUGGUGAUGUUCGGAAUAUCCGGGCAACAGCAAAUCGGGAGGAACUGUUGUCCUCAUGUAACUCGUGUAAUAUAUUGAACACUCAAAAUAAUGAAUAUGAAAAAACUCCUCGACGAGAAAUGUCGCCAAGUCGGUUAUCGGAUGUUGAGGAUUCCGUAUUCAUCGACAGGGAAGGCGAGACGACUCCAACAAAUGAACAAAAUACAGGAAAACAAUGGUCUUCCCCUGAUCAUCGCCAGGGUAACAAUCGGAGUCGCAACCCAUCAGGCGGACCAUCACCUCCACGGGCUGCCAGUCCUAUGUCAAUAUGUUCCGAAAAGUCACUAGCAGACGAAAUAUUUGAAGCAGAGACUUUUGCUGCACUAGAGAAAUCGCAAAGUGCCCAUACGCUGAACGGAUCAACGUCGGAACAAGUCACUCCAACGCUGCCUUAUGCCCGUCAACUCAGCGAGAGUCUGCAUUUAGAUUUCAACGAACCUGUGCCACCAUCAGCAUUUUUAUCUUCGACGAAUCCUCUUCUUCUUGAUAAUUCCUCACCUGAUGACGAGAGACUUCGAUCACGGCUUCCAUCAAAGUCACAUUAUAAUUACAGCAAUACAGAUGCCCGGUUUUCACGGUCAUCCACCUCGAGCACACUGUCCAACGGCCUUGACGACUUGGAAGCAACCCACCGAGGGAUUCAUCGGUUUAUACCACGGCAUUCAGAUGAGGUGGCCAUUGAGAUUGGUGAUAUGCUACAUGUGAUAGAGGAAAGUGAUGACUUGUGGUGUUUAGCUGUGAAUCUUCGUACGGGGAAGAAAGGCAUCUAUCCAACAGUAUAUGCACAAGAUAUGGAUUUCUUAGAAGACAGUGAUGAUGAUGGUAAACCAGAUAAGUACACCCUCAAGUUUCUUGGCUCGGUUGAGGUCAGCUACCACAAGGGCAAUGAUGUGCUUUGCCAAGCCAUAUCCAAGGUACAGGGCCAGAGACGUAAUAACCCAGCAAAAGCACAACUGUGUACAUUGGAGAUCAAUGAGUUUGGCAUUAGGAUGGUGGAUAAAAUCAAAGGACGGUGUCCCUCAGAGUCUGAUGAUAAUUUAGCGGCUGCGCCUAGAAAAGGAUCUCUGUUGAAAAAGAUUGGAAAAUUGUUUACAAAGCAAUCAAGUGGUUCCAGUCCAAUGCAAUACAAUCAUUUCUUCAACUUGAAGAACGUGUCCUUCUGUGGCUAUCAUCCACGAAAUGACAAGUUCUUUGGCUUCAUCACCAAGCAUCCUCGGGAAAUGAGAUUCGCAGCUCACAUCUUUGAAAGUGAACACUCCACGAAGAGAGUCGGAGAAUCAAUCGGGAAAGCUUUCCGUCGGUUCUACCAAGAGUACAUGGCAACCGCUCAUCCAACCGAGGACAUCUGGAUAGAAUGACUGCCAUGAUUGAGGCGGAAUUGUUUACAAGGUGUGUGCCUCAAUCAAGGAAUGAUGUUGGAAACACUUGAGUGUGUUGAUGACAGGAAGGAAUUUGUGUUGUCGGAAAGACUUGAAGUUGAAGAUGUGGAUAGCUUCACAGAAUGGGUGUCGAAAACACUGUAGAAUGGAGUCGAUGUGUCAGAUACACUUUAAGUGUAGAUGACUUGUCUGAAACACUUAAAGUGGAAAGACUUUUAUGUGUAGAUGACAUCAAGGGCGUGUAUGUCUGGAACAUUUGAAAUGUAGAUGAUGUUUCUUUGGCCUACAUCUGACGUUGAAGUUGGAGAUGUAAUGAAUUGGACUGUGAUUCAAGGAACUAGGCAUCAUUGGCCCUCUUAAAAUGAUAUGUUUAACAUUUGAUUUGAUUCUGUGAUGGCUGACUGUGUUUUGUAAAUGUUCUUUUAUAUCAUUUACAUGUCUGAUACAAUCACUUUACUUUAUGUAAUGUCCAAGCACAUUUUCCGUGUUUGAGCAUAGGACAGACCAGUUUCAUAGUAGUGUUUGAGAUAGAUCCACUGAGAUGGAUACUUCAUGCAUAAGGAGAGAAAUGCAUGCAAAGUCUCUUUGAAAUUGCAUGGGGCAAACUGUUGACUAUUUAACCCUUUGCUCAGUUAAAAUACUCUUUAGGACCAUUUAUUUGCUACAUUGUACACCUUGGAGGGUUCAUAAUUCGUAAUUUAUGGCUUGUUUCAUUGAUUUGUACAGUUCAAACUGUGGAAGAUGGACAAAGUCUCUGGCUUCGGAGACCAUUGAGACCUUUUCUUCAACUAAGUUCCUGAUGCUCACAAAAGUGUUCUGAAUCAUUGCAUUUCACAGAAACAAUUCCUUCUCAAAUAUUUAAAAGUUUUUUGUUUUCUUAUUUGAUAUUAUAACCAGGGUAACUUGUUUAUGAAUCAUCUUGUCACACAAGAUAAAGACCAAUUCAGCAUUUGUACUGCCAAAUAAUGUAGAUUGUACUGUCUUCAAACUGGUACGGGUAAAUAGUUCAUUUGCAUUUCCUGUAUGGUCCGUUAUCGAGAGAAUGAGUACUCAGUUUAUUAUAAUACUCAGUUUACUUAAGCUAAUGUAUACUCAGUUUACUUAAGCUAUACUCAGUUGUUUAUCCUAGUGUACUAUAUUGUCUAUUGCCAAUUGUAUAUCAGACCAUGUUAUCAAAAGUCACAAAAAAAUUUGCUUUCAUAGUUUUAAUUACAAUUUAUCGUUCAGGAAUCUGAGCUUCACAAUCAAAUAUAUGUAUAUCUGUUUGUCAGUGUAAAUAAUUUUUUUCUAUCAAAAUUGGAAAAAGGACAGAAAAAAUAACAUUCAUUUUAACCUUUCACAUUCAGCUUAGCUAGACAACAAUGCUGACUUAAUGGUCCAAGUGAGUAAUUACAGGUGUUGUACCAAGCUUGAUCUUUUAUAGGGUGAAUUGGGGGAGGGGCGAUUUUCUCUGUAUUUCUGUGUUCAUUGGACAAACGAAGGUGUUGAAUUAAGAGAUCUGAUUGGGAGUGAAAAGAUCUGUUCUGUUUUCGAGAGAAUACGUGUUAAGGAAUUAAGAUAUAUUUUUGUAAAGGUUGGGCAUGGAGUUUCAAUACACUCCAUGCUUAAGUUUUGUGAGGGUUGGGAAUGGGUGUCAGUACUCAACGCUCCAUCUCAACAAUUCUUAUUGUAAAUAAAUUGUUAAAUAGGAAUGUUUUAUGGAAAUGUGUUUUUGAUGUGACUUGUUUUUGAAGGAUUAGGAAGUAUCAGUAAAAAUAUCAAAUGUUAAAAUCCUGAGAAAAUUCAAAAUUAGAAAAAAACAACUAUUACCCAUGAGUUAGCAUUAUUGCUUAAGACAAAAAAUUUGUUAAUCUCUGUAUAUAUUGAUGGUUGUCCUUGAAGUAACUUUUAAAAUGGAAUCAUGUUUUAUGGGACACACUGUACUCUUUGUAUAUAUUCUAUGUGCAAUUUUCUGUCAACUUUGUGAUGUUCUGCCUCUGUUGAGGUCUUUGUGGUUUCUGGACCUUUGAAUACUUGGAUUGGUUCAAUGUUAUUAAGACAAAGCCUGUGUAGGCUCUUCACAUCAUACCCUUCUCCCUUUUGGUGAGUUGGAAAUGUGUGUCUAUUUUCCCUGAAUCCAGCAAAAUUAUAGUUAUUCAUCACACGUAAAAUACUGGGUUUAUUAACAGGAACUCUCAUGCGAAAAUCUCCAUGAAAUUCAUUUUGACAUUCAAAUACUUGAUCAAUCCAUGCUGUACUUUAAAAACUGCCUACAUUUUGAGGUAGUCUGACGAGCUGUCUCUGCAAUCUCAUUGUUUCUUUGUAGAUAUUUGACUGUUGAACUCUGUGAAUCUGUCUCUUGUUUGUGUCCAAAGUCGUCUUUAUUCAGGUGCUAUAUAAAUAAAGUACAAAUUGGA